GUUAUAAAUUCGGCUAGUUGCGCUUUGUGGCGAUAAGCAAUCAGAGCUCAUAAAUUCUUAUCAGAUUAUUGUAGAUUUCAACGCAGUCAUAAUGCCCGAAUUCGUGCAAGUACAGGGAAUCAAGCAGCUGGAGGAUGCCCUCAAGGCGAACGCCAAAAACAAUUGUCUGAUCUAUAUGUAUUUCUUCGGGGAGAAGGAUAACAAAGGCGUAAGCUGGUGUUCCGAUUGCGUCGCCUCUGAGCCAACUGUGCAGGCAGCUUUUCGUAACAAUGCGCAUGAGAAUUCAUUGAUCUAUGUUGUGGACGUGGGCAAUCGGGAGUACUGGAAGGAUGAAGCGAACAAUAAAUUUAGACUGAAGCCGUUCCUAUUAAAAGAAAUACCUACAUUGUUGCGCUGGAAUGGCGUGGAGCGCUUGGAAGGUGAUCAGCUGCUGAAGCCUUCGUUGCUGGAGCUAUUCUUUGAUGAGAUGAAGCAAUCGAGUGAAAUUGAUAAUACAGUGCCUUGCAAGUAGUGUGUAUAUAUUCGGAACUGUAAAUAUAUGGAAACCUCUUCAAGACCUGCAUCAAAAAUAAAAUGAGAAUAGGAAAUUUUA